CUCGGGGCGAUUCACAGAAACUCUUCCCAAAUAAAGCAGCUGCGAUGGAUGACACCGCUGGGCCACGCUGCAAAGAUAACUUUCUGGACCCUCACCCGCUCCUUUGGCUCUGAUGGAUGUGGCUCCUGCCCCGGGGAGAAAAAAGGCAAGUAGACACUCUAAUUUUAAACUUGCAUUGGAAAGCACUUUCAAAACAGUCACAGUGGCGCUGCCCGCAGACCUAGAUCUCGGGCUCCGUCCGUCCCCGAGGCCGCUGUGCUCCGCUCCGUGCGCGGGGCCGGCGGGUGCGCGGCGGAGUCGGUCGCGCUGGCCGGGUGGGCGGCUCGGUCCCCGCGCGCCCCGCCUCAGGCCAGGACGCCCAUCCCCGAGCCCGGCCGUCGCGCUCCCUCCGCCGGCCUCACCACACGGCCCAGUUUGAAAGAAAACUUCACGCGGCGAAAUGCACCUCCCUUCAUCACCGCUCCAAUCCUUCCUUCCCAGCCGGCAGAAAACCACUGCACUUUGACUAUGGAAACAGAGGCUGUUGAUGGCUAUAUAACAUCAGGUGACAAUGAGCUUUCACCUGAAAGGGAGCACUCCAAUAUGGCAAUUGACCUCACCUCAAGCACACCCAAUGGACAGCAUGCCUCCCCAUGUCACAUGACAAGCACAAAUUCAGUAAAACUAGAAAUGCAGAGUGAUGAAGAAUGUGACAGGAAACCCCUGAGCCGUGAAGAUGAGAUCAGGGGACAUGAUGAGGGUAGCAGCCUCGAAGAACCCCUAAUUGAGAGCAGCGAGGUGGCUGACAACAGGAAAGUCCAGGAGCUUCAAGGCGAGGGAGGAAUCCGGCUUCCGAAUGGUAAACUGAAAUGUGACGUCUGUGGCAUGGUUUGCAUUGGGCCCAAUGUGCUUAUGGUACAUAAAAGGAGUCACACUGGGGAACGCCCCUUCCACUGUAACCAGUGUGGAGCUUCUUUUACUCAAAAGGGUAACCUUCUGAGACACAUAAAGUUACACUCUGGUGAGAAGCCCUUCAAAUGUCCUUUCUGUAGCUACGCUUGUAGACGAAGGGACGCCCUCACAGGACACCUCAGGACCCAUUCUGUGGGUAAACCUCACAAGUGCAACUACUGUGGACGGAGCUACAAGCAGCGCAGUUCACUGGAGGAGCACAAGGAACGCUGCCACAACUAUCUCCAGAAUGUCAGCAUGGAGGCUGCUGGGCAGGUCUUGAGUCACCAUGUACCUCCUAUGGAAGAUUGUAAGGAACAAGAGCCUAUUAUGGACAACAAUAUUUCUCUGGUGCCUUUUGAGAGACCUGCUGUCAUAGAGAAGCUAACAGGGAAUAUGGGAAAACGUAAAAGCUCCACUCCACAAAAGUUUGUGGGGGAAAAGCUCAUGAGAUUCAGCUACCCAGAUAUUCACUUUGAUAUGAACUUAACGUAUGAGAAGGAGGCUGAGCUGAUGCAGUCUCAUAUGAUGGACCAAGCCAUCAACAAUGCAAUCACCUACCUUGGAGCUGAGGCCCUUCACCCUCUGAUGCAGCACCCGCCAAGCACAAUCGCUGAGGUGGCCCCAGUCAUAAGCUCAGCUUAUUCUCAGGUCUAUCAUCCAAAUAGGAUAGAGAGACCCAUCAGCAGGGAAACCUCUGAUAGUCAUGAAAACAACGUGGAUGGCCCCAUCUCUCUCAUCAGACCAAAGAGUCGACCCCAGGAAAGAGAAGCCUCUCCCAGCAAUAGCUGCCUGGAUUCUACUGACUCAGAAAGCAGCCAUGAUGACCACCAGUCCUACCAAGGAAACCCUGCCUUAAAUCUCAAGAGGAAACAAAGCCCAGCUUACAUGAAGGAGGAUGUCAAGGCCUUGGAGACCACCAAGGCUCCCAAGGGCUCUCUGAAAGACAUCUAUAAAGUUUUCAAUGGAGAAGGAGAACAGAUAAGGGCCUUCAAGUGUGAGCACUGCCGAGUCCUUUUCCUAGACCAUGUCAUGUACACCAUUCACAUGGGUUGCCAUGGCUACCGGGACCCACUGGAAUGCAACAUCUGUGGCUAUAGAAGCCAGGACCGUUACGAGUUUUCAUCACACAUUGUUCGAGGGGAGCACACAUUCCACUAGGCCUUUUCAUUCCAAAGGGGACCCCUAUGAAGUAAAGAACUGCACAUGAAGAAAUACUGCACUUACAACCCCACCUUCCCUCAGAUGUUGGCAUACCUUUUUUUUUUUAAUAUUAUUACUGUCAAUUCUUAUUUUGUGAACACAGUGUCAUUUGCUCUACCUAAUUACAAUAAGGAAGAAACAGAAGCAGAAGAAGGGAUGGGGAUAUUGUUUCCUGGUAACUUGGCUGGUUUAUUUUGUGGGAAUUUAAAACAGUUUAUUUCUACCACACACAGAUAUAAAGCAUAUCAUGCUUUGCAAAAUCACUUGAUUCAUAUAGAUUCACCUAAAAUAUUCUAAUUUGCCUCUGAAGUUCAGGAUCAUGAUUGAAGGCAGAAAGGUUUAGUUUUUUCUGAGUAGGACUUUGCAAUUUAAAAUGGUAUAAGUAAUUUCACUCUUCAGAGAAGAAAUUGCUCAAAAUGUAAACCAAUUUAUUGUUCUUAAAGGUCAUGGAACACAAAACACAAUGUUAUUUUCAGUGAUAACUCCUAGGAAGAGUUGAGUUGUGGGUUCUAUGUUUACUUCCCCUAUGGAAUUUAUAAUUCAGUAUAUUUUACACUGUACCAUAUAGCAAAACUUUUAAACUACAGGAAGUUAAGGACCACUACAAUACAUCUGAGGUCCUUGGAUCUUAUUUUUCUAAACGUAAGCACUGUUUUUCCAUAGUUUUGAUGACUGGCAUUUUAUAGACACCCUGGCAGCCUUACUUUUAACACCUUUAACAAAUAGUAUUUUUAUGUAGUUUUCAAAAUAACAUAUGGUCUAAGAGUGGAUAACAGGCAGUCAGUAAUUUCCAGAAGGGACUUCUACUUUUCAUAAAUUUGGGAUUUUUUUUUAUAAUGUGAUGGCAGCAUAGUACACAUAUUUGUUUCUAAAAGUAUGCUUAUAAUUGUCACUUUAUCAGCAUUUAAUCAGUGUUAACCAGUCAGCAAAAAAAUAUAAUUAGGUUAACAGUAGGGGGAAAACUCCACUUAGAAAUCCCUUUUCUGGUAUUUCUCUUUUCAUUGGUUGUUUCAAGCUGUGACCACUCAGUGUUCUGUCCAUAGUCCAUUCCUCUUUUACUCUUGGAGUAGAAGGUCUUAAAGGUCUUUCUAGAAGCUACUUCUUUCACAGUAUCCUCAGAGCAAUUGCUAAUUUCACCUGAAUGUGGUAACUUGAAUCUUGUAAGAUAAUUGAACUAGGGCUAUUUAUUCUAGUAUUUCUUGAGUAGUAUUUACUACCUUUGCUGCAAAGAAAAGGGAACUUCAUUGUAACCUGUACCAUAGACUACAGAUCAAAGAAAGAAACAACAAAGUUUGCUCUUACCUUCUUGCAGUCUAAAAUGUGACAGUAAGCAAAGGUCCUGCACAUUUUUGUUUCAAAAAACAUUCGACUCUGUAGAUCCUUCUGAGAAAUGAAUUUCAGUAUCUUAGCAUGGAAUUUGCCAUCUUUUAAUUCAAACAUGACAUAUGUUUUCAUAUUUCAUGUGUACAUUUUAAUUCCCUUCAUGUGGUUGCUCUAUUCUUUGCAGUCCAGUAACAUUACAGGGGAAGAACCAAGUGAUAUUGAUUAUCAAGUCAUUUUGGGGGGACACACUUCUAAGGCAGAAACUUGCUGCUUGUGUUUUGAAAAAACAGACCUGGCCAUGACUGGAUUAUUUGAUUACCAUUUGUGAAUACUGAAAUUCUAUUAAGUAGUAAUCAAUAACUGCUCUAAAAAUCAUUAAGUAGGAUCUAAAGCUGUUUCUAGAGUGUGACAUGAGAAGUGUCAAGAUUAGAACACCAGAUAGAUAAGCAAGUCUGGCCCCAGUACUGCUCUUAACUCAUUUUGGUAGUUUACCUUUUGCUUAUUUAAGCAAUUUCUAAGCACUACCACGGUUAGAACUAGGUAACAAUGGUUAUGAAUCAGGUUUCUCUUACUAGUCCCUAUCAUGAUUAUUUUUGGAGAAAUGUUCAAACUGUUUCUUUACAUCUUUACAAGAUAACGCACCAAAACAGAGAUGUGUAAAAUGUCUACUGUUGGUUUUUUUCCUGCAUGCCUUAGUACAUUAUACACUCAGUUUAUUCAAAGAGAAAGCAUCUGUUUGAGACUUGCUCACCCCUACCUACUUAUUCUAACCCCUCCCAAAUUAUAAUCGAAAUGACAUUUCUUCUUUCCUUUUGGAUGAGGUAAAUAAUUUUAAGCUCAUGAUCUUGUGUUUAUGGAAACAUUUGGAUGCCAAUCAAUAUAGUCAUAAUUUUGGCCGUGUGUGAAUGUGCAUGAAUCCACUGGGAUCAUCAAUGACUUUUCUUCCCACUCCAGUAUAUGAACAAAUGAUCAUGUGUCGACUGACCUGGAAUGAAACUGAGUUUAGGUGGACCUAAAGAGCUGUGUAGUUCUCCUAUGAAGACAGUACUCAUGCACUCUCCUUUUCUGAUUUCAUCUUGUUGAGCAACUUAGUUUACCGAAGCGAGUUAAUAGACUGUGAGAGUAUAUUUGCUACAAGUGUAUACUUGUGUUUUCUUGGCUUCAUGGUGUGAGGAACAGAAAGACAUGAUGGGGCAAGGUGUAUCAGGGACAAAUGAGGACAAGGUCAAUUCACAUUUGUAGGUUAGAAUUUUUGUGGAUAUAGUGAUUUCUGAGAAGCUGGAUGGCUAUAUUUGCAUGCUUCUUCACAAGAGGAAGUAUGCAAGGUGGUAGCUCCUAUAAAUAAGUAUGAGGGUCAGGCACCAAAUAAAUCAAGUCUUACAUAACAGUUGUAUGCCCAGUUUAUUUAGAUGAGCUUUCACAGUGGAGAGAGUAUUUGAGGGCCAUAAAAAUGGGUCAUCCUCUGUAGUAUCCAGUUUGGCAGAAAUUCAGAAAUUCAUCACAUAGCUUUGCCCUAAUUUUGCCCAGUUUUUUAUCUCCAGCUCUUUUUAGAGAAGUAUGCUGCCUUUCUGUGAUAAUGAAGAAUCCACCUUUAAAAAGCCAUUCUAAAUAUGCAUUUUUAAAUAGUGAAAGUGUCCAGGCAGUACUCAGAUUGGAAGCAAGAGAUUUGAAGUGUGGAAACAUUCCACCAAGAAUUUUCAGGAGAGAAAAAAAUGGGAGAAUGAGAGCAGAGAGUUCAGAUGUGGGACAAACGAGGAAGCGUAUGUCCUGUGUACAUACAGGAAGCUGUAUGAGUCAGUGUGUGUGUACAUGUGUAACACAAACUUUUAAAGAAAAUUCACGAAAAAAAGCAAGUAGAGCUAUCAAAUGUGUUUCAGGAACAGAGAUUUAAAUUUAUAGUUAAUACCUAAGUAGUUAGGUUUACUUUACCACAUUAAGAAAUAUUAGGGAAGUUACUAGUGUGUCGUUAAGACUGGUGGCAAUUACUAAACUUCAUUCUUGGCUCUUAUCUAUUUCCAGAACAAAAUGAAACAAUGACAAUGAAAGAUUUUAAGCCAGUGGAUAAAAACUUAAAGAAAUGCAAAAUUCCUUUUUGAAUAGGAAAGAAAUAACAAAAAAAAAUUCAGCAAACGUAUUGGCAAAAAGAGAAUAUUUUCAUGAGCUUUAUUUAUAGUUUUUGUAUCUCAGCUGUACACCUCACAAGAGCAUGAAGUCUUUAUAUUUUAUAAAUUUUUACCAAAAUUUACCUUAGAGGAGGCAUUCAGAUGAAAAUUAUGUUUUAAAUAUUUUCCAAACCUUAUUUUAUUCUAUCUCCAAAAUGAUUGAUAGGGUAGAAAAAGAGCAGAAGAGGCUACAAAAAUACAAACAAAACUUGCAUCCCACUCAAGACAGAGCAUAAUUCUAUAAGAGGUACCAGCUAUGAUAUUUUUGAUUGUUCAUUUUUAAAAAGUGAUUUUACAUUUGUGGUUUUUCUGUUAUAGUUUAUAUAUUAUUUAAAUAAGUACUAUUUGCAUGAUUAUAGCAGAAAAUUCUCCAGAUCCAAAAGAAAAAGAGGGAUGAAAUUGAAGUUUGUAUAUACAAGUUAUUUUAGAAAUAUUUUUAUCCUCCAGUUUCUGCAAAAUAAUUAAAAUAUACAGUAACUGGACCCUUAAAAUCUUGAAUUUAAUGUAUUAAAUCCUUAUAAAAAUGUGUUAUAUCGGUGCCUUUUUAAAAUGCAUUGAGAGUGUUGAUUAGCUGUUUUAGCUCUACAACACUUUUAUUGUGUAUUUUUAAAAAUCACUUCAAAUUGAGUACUAUAUAACUCAUCUUUGUGUUUUUAGGAUAAAACUGCAAAAGCAUUUUCUAAUAUAGAAACUUUCAGCUCAGCUGUUAAAGGAAAUUUUGAAACCAGAUUUUAAUAUCUCUUUGAUAGUAUUUCUGAAUACCAUUAUAAGAUUAUGCAGGUAAAAUACAAAGUAGAGCGAAAUUUUAACUGUGAAUUGGAUUAUGGUAUGUGCUUUUGUUUUUAAGGAAGAGUGAGUCCUGUGUCACACAAGGAUUUAUUAGAAUUUUUUGGAUAAUAAUAUACAGUAUUGCUUUGGAUUUCUAUCCCCAGACUAGUGUUGUUCUAGUCUUGGAGCAUCUAUCUUCUAAUCUGUUAUUGUUUUAUGGAACAAUGUAAAAAAAAAAGCAGGUAAUUAAUUCUCCUUAAACAAAACUGAAUAGUAACAUCACAUUGCUAUUCUCCAAAGCAUAAUCUCAAAUGGUUUUGUACCAUGGCUGUGUAUUACUUGUAAUGGAUGUGUUAGGAUAUGACACCUUUUUUAAAAAAAUGAGCUGCUGGUUAUAUAAAGCAAAUGUCAUAUGACCAAGAAGCUGUGAUGUGCUAGUGUUUCUUUUUAUCAUAGUAUAUUCCUAGGCCAAAUAAUGACAUCUUGAAUAUUUUUUACAUUUAUUGCAGAGACCUAAAUUUUUGGAACUUCCCUAAGGUUUUUAUGUAACAUUCUGUUUCUAGCUUUUUAGUUUUGUUUUGCCGUACUGUAAGUUUGUGGAUAUUUUCACAUGCACUCUUAGAAAUAAGUUCACAGUUAUAUUUAUGGGGUUUAUCUCCCAUAACAUUGCGUUUGUACAUUUUCUGUAUAAAUUUAUUGUGAAUUACCCUUUAUCUCAGAAUAGUACAUCAAUGACUAGUUUUCUAAGAUGUCCUUUUUAUUGUGAAUAAAAUAUAAAAUUUAGAGGCCCUGUGCUAAGUCACAUAAAGUAUAGCACAUAACUUCACGUAGGUACAAAUAAACCAGUUUGCAGUGAACCGGGCCUUCAGAUUACCUCAAGUGACACAGUAAGAAACGCUUCUUGGGCAGGUGGAGGUUACCAAAUCCCCUACUAUGCACUUAGCAGGAUUUCACUUAAUUUACUGGAAAUGGAUUUUAAAAACAAAAACAAGUACACUGUAACAAGAGAAGGGAUCUGAUUUUGUUUUUGUCGUUUUGUUUUUUUUUUAAGUAGCUUCAUUUCUGAAACUGUGAUUUAAAAAAUUUAACUGUCAAGCACUCUUGGAUUUUGAACACAAAUCGCUUGCCCUUAAGUGUAACCCCUUUCUGUAAUCUCCCCAUCACCUUUUCUUUCCUUUCUGUUCAUCUCCCUUCCAUCAUCAUAUUUGAAAGUCUUUACCUCUCUUUCCUCCUUCCAGUUUGAGGAUUAAGUAAGGCCAGUUCUUACUUCCAAUUCAUUGAUCUCUUAAGUCUUAAUUUUUGUUGCUGUAUAAUCUGCUGGCAUAUUUUUAUACUCAAGUGUAGUUUUAUAUUAAAGAGAAAAGUGGUUGGACUGAAAAUAGUAUGCUGUAUAAUCCUUGUGUAACUUUCACUUUCAAAUAUUGGGUACCUAAAACAUGACUCCAGCGAUUGUUAUGUUUGCCUUCCUUUUUUUGUUGAAUUUCACAUUGUUUGGCUUUCCUCUGAAAAUGUAAAUCACGAGAGUCUAGACAGAUUUUUGUAAGUAUUUAGAAAGAUGUUAAAAACGUAAAAUGAAGAGUCUUAACUUUUUCCCAAUUGGGAGAAAAGUGCUUUAACAUUACUAUAAUAAUAUUCCAGGUUUGGAGGGGGUCCUGGGCCCUGUAAUUGCUCUUAAUAUUUGGACUUUUUAGACCAUGUGUUAUUUGCAAUCUCAGAAUGAUUGCUCCUGCUUUUUAGUUUAAAAAGAUUUUUUUUUUUUUUUAUAAAAGUGCAAUACUCCCCUUGAAGUCUUAAAAACUAUGGUUAUUUUUUUUCUUCUUUUCCAGGCUAGUCUUUCUUCUGUUAGUGACAAAACACACACCACGCAUGCACACACACACACACCUCUCUUAGAAAUCAUAGCCUGUUAAAGGACACAAUAAGCAAAGAGAAAAACAUUUCACAAUCAAAAGAUUAGAAAGUGUAGAAAACACUGAUCUGAUCUCAUGAUUUUUAUUUAAGCUAAUUUCCAUUGAAAUUAGUUAUCUUUUGCCUCUGAAAUGUAUCUUAAAGGUGAAAUUCUGGCAGACUACAUUUUCUUCUUAGACUUUUGCCUAAUGCUCUAAGUUAAGAAACUAAUAUUUGAUAUUUUUAUUUCAUUUCUCUCAGUUUGGAAAUGAAUUUUAAAGUAAAAGCAAAGCACUUCAGUCAAUUUUAAACAUAUUAUCAUCUAUUGGAGAUAAAAACUUUUAAAUAGAGCAGCCUUGUUUUAAUAACAAAAUUAAGAAGUAUUUUUCAUAUCAUACAUAUUUAUAUGUAGUAUGUUGGUUUUCUUUUUUAUACCUAUGUUGCUGUAGUAAAACUGCUGUAAUGUAAAUACAUGUUUUGUUAAAAAAAAAUAACAUUUCUUUGGCAUAUCUGUGAAAGGCAGUUACUGCUUUGUACAGUAUAUGUCUUGGCCAUUUAAAAUAUUUUUUCUUUAACAAUACCAAAGGUGAUUAGACUAUUUUAAGGACUAAUUGCUUGACAGUUUCUAGGAUAUUUUGAGUUUUAGAAGCAAAAUGAAAAAAGGUCAAACCAAUAAACCUCAUUUUUUUCAAACUAAUAAUUUGAGGAGAUAAAAACUAUUGUUUAAAAAGGAAAAAAUAUAUAUAAAUGUAUGUAAAAUUAAAAUUCCAGACCUUGUAUGUCAGGUUUGCUCAGUGUAAUGUAGUUUUUUUUAAGGCUCAAAUACCAUACCUCAGAAAAUGGGGUUUACUACGGAAAUACUGAAACAGUCUUUGCAGGUUGGUGACAAGUCACUCUGCUAUAUACUGAUUUGGAGACCUCUGCUAAACCAUUUAUAACUGCAGACUGAAAUGUGGGACUUGUAUUUUCUUUGUUUUUAAUGCACACACAUACAUCCUCUGUGCAUGUAUGUGGGUACUGUGUAUAUGUGUAUGCGUGUUGUACAUGCAUGUGUGAGUGUGUCUGUAUGUGUGUACACAAAAGCUGCAGAAACUUUGUAAUAACUUUGUGAAAAGGAUUAUAUUAUAAAGGUUUGUACUGUCUUGAGUGCACAGCUACUGGAAUAAAUUUAGGGAAUCUCAGGAACAAGCAUAUAAUUUGUCCAAGAUUUAUUUCUUCUCAGAAGUGUAAGUGCAGUUUUUAAUUCUGUAUAUUAUUUAAUAUUUUACCAAUAAAAUAAACUUCUGACAAAACAAAGUUUGCUAUAAAA